UCACUCUGUGCCCAGGUCUGACACAGGCAGGAGCUGCAGUGCAGCCGUGCUCGCCCCCUCCAGGGCAUCCUCCGUGCCUGCCUGAGCUUGGCACACACACACACACACACACGCAGGCAGGGAGACCGGGGACAGGACAGUGGCUGGCGAUGAAGAUGCCAACCCUAUGAGCAUGGUGGCCCCGGUGGCACAAUGACGGUCCCCUUACUGAAAAUCGGGGCCGUGCUCAGCACUAUGGCAAUGGUCACCAACUGGAUGUCCCAGACACUGCCAUCACUUGUGGGUCUCAAUGGCACCAGAGGUGGCACCUCCGAGAAAAUUACACUUUUCCCCAGCCCUGAAGAUGGGUGGCAAAUCUACACCUCGGCACAAGCCCCAGACGGCAAAUGUAUCUGCACAGUGGUGGCUCCGGCUCAGACCUCCUGUUCCAGGGACCCUCGGAGUCGACAGCUAAGGCAGCUGAUGGAAAAGGUCCAGAAUAUUUCCCAAUCCAUGGAGGUCCUGGAUUUACGGACGUUUAGAGAUCUGCAGUAUGUACGGAACACAGAGUCCUUAAUGAAAGUUCUCGACACUAAACUGAGAGCCCCCGACAGCCAGAAAAAUAUUAACGCUAAAAGCUUUCAGGAGUUAAAGGAUAAAAUGAAGCAGCUCAUGCCUCUCAUACCCGUUCUUGACCAAUACAAAUCAGACACCAAGAUGAUUGUCCAGCUGAAAGAGGAGGUGAGAAACCUCUCCAAUGUCCUCCAACUGAUUCAAGAGGAAAUGGGAGCGUAUGACUACGAGGAGCUUCAACAGCGCGUGAUGAUCCUGGAGGCCAGGUUACAUGCAUGUAUGCAGAAAUUAGGUUGUGGAAAACUCACAGGCGUCAGUAACCCAAUCACAAUACGUGCCUCGGGGUCCAGGUUUGGAUCAUGGAUGACUGAUACCAUGGCCCCAAGUGCCGAUAACAGGGUUUGGUACAUGGAUGGCUACUACAAGGGACGCAGAGUCCUGGAAUAUCGAAGUCUCAACGACUUCAUCAAAGGUCAAAACUUUGUCCAGCAUCUUCUUCCUCACCCAUGGGCAGGUACAGGUCACGUGGUUUACAAUGGGUCUCUUUACUAUAACAAAUACCAGAGCAACAUAGUAGUGAAGUACCACUUUAGAUCAAGAAGUGUCUCUGUGCAAAGGAGCCUUGGCAACGCUGGCUACAACAACACCUUCCCUUACUCCUGGGGUGGAUUCUCCGACAUUGACUUCAUGGUCGAUGAGAACGGCCUCUGGGCAGUCUACACAACCAAUCAGAAUGCAGGAAACAUUGUCGUUAGCAAGAUUGAUCCCCAAACCUUGGAGAUCCUCAAGACCUGGGACACAGGAUACCCGAAACGUAGUGCUGGCGAGUCCUUUAUGAUAUGUGGCACCCUCUAUGUAACCAAUUCCCAUUUGGCAGGAGCUAAGAUCUACUUUGCAUACUACACAAAUUCAUCCACAUAUGAGUACACAGAUAUCCCAUUUCAUAAUCAGUAUUCACACAUAUCCAUGCUGGACUACAACCCGCGAGAGAGAGUCCUGUACACCUGGAAUAAUGGUCAUCAAGUUCUCUACAAUGUCACUCUGUUCCAUGUGAUAAAGACUUCUGGGGAAUAAUGCUGACUGUAUGGGACAAUCAUCUCACCUGCUUAUGUUCUUUCUGGGUUUCCUUCUUUUUACAGUAUGAUAAUUUCUGUUAUUUCUAUAAAAUUCACAGAACACAAAAGACUUUCACAUGGUGGAGUGAGCAUGGUAUCAAAUAUACUUUUUUCCGGUGGCAAAUAAAGACAGUAUUUGACAUUGA